AUGUUUAAGAUUUUGGCCUUACUAUUAGUUGUUAAACUCUAUGCCACAGAUCUAAACUCAUAAAAUACUGAAGCAAACUAAUUAUCAUAGUAAUAAUAAUAAGAAAUUGAAACAGAAGGAAAAAAAGGAAAACAAAUAGGUCAUCAUAAUAGAGUAAUUGCUAAAUUAACUGCUUAUUGGGUCUUACAACCGUAUCUAUAUAAUAUAUAUUUAUUUAUUAUACUUACAAUAUAAAUAGAAAAAUUUAUCUGUUUAUGAAUUUUAAUUAAUUUUUAAUUUUUUUUAAUUUAAUUUUUCAGUUCAUGAAUUUUCUGAAGAGUGAGGUUAAGUGAAUGAAAUUAUAAAGAGUUAAUUUAAUUUAGCUAGAGAAUCUAUCUUUUAUAAAAUCUAGACAACUAUGUUGGAAGAUUGCUACUCGAGGGAGCUUCAGAGGAAGAAUUGAAUAAUGUGAUGAAAUCAAUUUAGGAAGAUAAAAAGAAUUACAAAUCAUUCAAACAACAAAUACCUGAUUUUAGUUUUGAUGUAUUUAACAGUACUUCAUUUGAUUGGACUGUUACAAAAAAUGAUGAAACUUUGAUGAAAUAUAUUAGAGCACAAUAUAUUUAUAAGAUAUAUUAGAGAUUUGAGGAACGGGUUAAUUAGAAGAAUGCUGUUAAUAAUUAGUAGCACUAACGCUAUUCAAUAGCCAAAUAAGCAAUAAAGUGUUUUGCGGAGUUAAAAAAGAAAAUUUCAGAAAUGAGUAAAAAGAGCCAAUUCAAAAAUUCUGAACUGACAAUAAAGAUUAAUUGGAUAUAUAUCAAUUUUAUCUCUCUCAAAUAAUAGGAAUGA